GGGCCCCUGGAGCCGUCCGGAUGGCGGCUGCAACAGCCCCAGCCACUGCCACUCACGCACGCACGCUGCCACUUGCCCCCGCACCCUCCGCACCGCACGCGGGAGAGCGGCGCGUGCAGGAGCUGCUGGGUUGAGCUCCCCCGCUGGGGUCCCCGCGCGGCAAGACCGCGCUCCUGCCGCCACCCGAGUGGGUGCCCCCGACCGUUCGCCUCGGCUGUCCCUGGCGAACCGGCUCCCCGCCCCCUCCUCCCGCGCCCUCCCCUCCCUUCUCCCUCCCCUCCCUCUGCAACGCCUGCAUUAUUUUCCGCCCGCAGGGUCCGCGCGCACACCGCGGCCUCGGCGGGGGAGGUGACCGGGUGGGUGGCUGGGUGGGUGGCUGGCUGGCUGGCGGGGAGUACAGCGUGCAAGUUGCAGGGAAGGGGUACCCGCUCCUUCCGCGCUUUCCGUGCUCCCGGCUCCUCACUCCUUCCCCCCUCCUCCUCGCCUCCUCCCUCCCCGCCCCCACCUCCUUCCUCCUCUCCGAAGGGCUGGUAACUUGUUGUGCGGAGCGAACGGCGACAACGACGGCGGCGGCGGCGGCACCAUCCGGGCGGGCAGCAUGGGCACGUCCGCGCGCUGGGCGCUGUGGCUGCUGCUCGCGUUGUGCUGGGCGCCCCGGGACAGCGGCGCCUCUGCAAGCGGGAAAAAAGCCAAAUGUGAUACUUCCCAAUUCCAGUGCACAAAUGGCCGCUGCAUUACUCUGCUGUGGAAAUGUGAUGGAGAUGAAGACUGUGUUGAUGGCAGUGAUGAGAAGAACUGUGUAAAGAAGACAUGUGCUGAGUCUGACUUCGUGUGCAAAAACGGCCAGUGUGUUCCUAACAGAUGGCAGUGUGAUGGGGACCCUGAUUGUGAAGAUGGUUCUGAUGAAAGCCCCGAACAGUGCCAUAUGAGAACAUGCCGCAUAAAUGAAAUCAGCUGUGGCGCCCGUUCUACUCAGUGUAUCCCAGUGUCCUGGAGAUGCGAUGGGGAGAGUGAUUGUGACAAUGGAGAAGAUGAAGAAAACUGUGGCAACAUAACAUGUAGUGCUGAUGAGUUCACUUGCUCCAGCGGCCGCUGUGUCUCCAGGAAUUUUGUAUGUAAUGGCCAGGAUGACUGUGAUGAUGGCAGUGACGAGCUGGACUGUGCCCCACCGACCUGCGGGGCUCAUGAGUUCCAGUGCAGCACCUCUUCCUGCAUCCCCCUCAGCUGGGUGUGUGAUGAUGACGCAGAUUGUUCUGACCAGUCGGACGAGUCUCUUGAACAGUGUGGCCGUCAGCCAGUGAUACAUACCAAAUGUCCCGCCAGCGAGAUCCAGUGUGGCUCUGGCGAGUGCAUUCACAAAAAAUGGCGAUGCGAUGGAGACCCUGACUGCAAGGAUGGCAGUGAUGAGGUCAACUGCCCAUCUCGAACCUGCAGACCUGACCAGUUUGAGUGUGAAGACGGUAGCUGCAUCCAUGGCAGCAGGCAGUGCAACGGCAUCCGAGACUGUGUUGAUGGCUCUGAUGAAAUCAACUGCAAAAACGUCAAUCAGUGCUUGGGCCCUGGAAAGUUCAAGUGCAGAAGUGGAGAAUGCAUAGACAUCAGCAAAGUGUGUGACCAGGAGCAGGACUGCAGAGACUGGAGUGAUGAGCCCCUGAAGGAAUGCAAUAUCAAUGAAUGCUUGGUCAAUAAUGGUGGCUGUUCCCACAUCUGCAAAGACCUAGUUAUAGGCUAUGAAUGUGACUGCGCAGCUGGGUUUGAACUGAUAGAUAGGAAAACCUGUGGAGAUAUUGAUGAAUGCCAAAAUCCGGGGAUCUGCAGUCAAAUUUGUAUCAACUUAAAAGGCGGUUACAAGUGUGAAUGUAGUCGUGGCUAUCAAAUGGAUCUUGCCACUGGCGUGUGCAAGGCAGUAGGCAGAGAGCCAAGUCUGAUCUUCACUAAUCGAAGAGACAUCAGGAAGAUUGGCCUAGAGAGGAAGGAAUACAUCCAACUUGUAGAACAACUAAGAAACACAGUGGCUCUCGAUGCUGACAUUGCAGCUCAGAAGCUAUUUUGGGCUGAUCUAAGCCAAAAGGCCAUCUUCAGUGCCUCAAUUGAUGACAAGGUUGGUAGACAUUUUAAAAUGAUCGACAAUGUCUAUAAUCCUGCAGCCAUUGCUGUUGAUUGGGUGUACAAGACCAUCUACUGGACUGAUGCGGCUUCUAAGACUAUUUCAGUAGCUACCCUAGACGGAGCCAAGAGGAAGUUCCUGUUUAAUUCUGACUUGCGAGAGCCUGCCUCCAUAGCUGUGGACCCGUUGUCUGGCUUUGUUUACUGGUCAGACUGGGGCGAGCCAGCUAAAAUAGAAAAAGCAGGGAUGAAUGGAUUUGAUAGGCGUCCACUGGUAACCGAGGACAUCCAAUGGCCUAAUGGAAUUACACUUGACCUCAUCAAAAGCCGCCUCUACUGGCUUGAUUCCAAGCUGCACAUGCUGUCUAGUGUGGACUUGGAUGGCCAAGAUCGCAGGAUAGUACUCAAGUCUCUGGAGUUCCUAGCUCAUCCACUUGCACUCACAAUAUUUGAGGAUCGUGUCUACUGGAUAGAUGGAGAAAAUGAAGCAGUGUAUGGUGCCAAUAAGUUCACUGGGUCAGAGCUGGCUACUCUAGUCAAUAACCUCAACGAUGCCCAAGACAUCAUUGUCUACCAUGAACUCGUUCAGCCAUCAGGUAAAAAUUGGUGUGAAGAAGAUAUGGAGAAUGGAGGAUGUGAAUACCUCUGCCUGCCAGCACCACAGAUUAGUGACCACUCUCCGAAAUAUACCUGUUCCUGUCCCAAUGGGUACAGUCUCGAGGAGAAUGGACGAGCGUGUCAAAGUACUUCAACUCCUGUGACUUACAGUGAGACAAAAGAUAUCAACACAACAGAUAUUCUACGUACUAGUGGACUGGUUCCUGGAGGGAUCAAUGUGACCACAGCAGUAUCAGAGGUCAGUGUUCCCCCAAAAGGAACUUCAGCUGCCUGGGCCAUCCUUCCUCUCUUGCUCUUGGUAAUGGCAGCAGUAGGUGGCUACUUGAUGUGGCGGAACUGGCAACAUAAAAACAUGAAAAGCAUGAACUUCGACAAUCCUGUGUACUUAAAGACCACUGAAGAGGACCUCUCAAUAGACAUUGGUAGACACAGUGCUUCUGUGGGACACACGUACCCAGCAAUAUCAGUUGUAAGCACAGAUGAUGAUCUGGCUUGACCUCUGAAUAAGUCUUGACCUCUGAGGUCUAAGCCAACAACACUCCACUCCAGAAUGGUAACCGAACCAGCGCUGAAGUCGCCUUUCUUCCUCCCAUCUGGAAGAACAUCAAGAUAUCUUUCCAUGGAUCAAGUUUGUGUACUUGACCAUUUUUAUAUUACUUUUGUAAAUAUUCUUGGUCACAUUCUACUUCAGCUUUGGAUGUGGUUACCAAGUAUCUGUAACCCUUGGAUCUCUAGACAGUAUUGCCAUCUCUGGCCAAAUAUGCACUUUCCCUAGAAAGCCAUAGUCCAGCAAUGAACCUUGUGCUAUAGUGAAUCCCACCUGUACAUACAUUGUAUAGGCCACCUGUACAUAUCCCAGAGAACAAUCACUAUUCUUAAGCACUUUGAAGAUAUUUCUAUGUAAAUUAUUGUAAACUUUUUCAAUGGUUGGGACAAUGGCAAUAGGAUAAAACGGGUUACUAAGAUGAAAUUGCCAAAAAAAAAAAUUUGUAAACUAAUUUUGUACGUAUGAAUGAAAUCUUUGACCUCUGUGGAGGUUUACAAAGACUGACUUCAAACUACUGUACAUUUUUUUUCAAGUGCUAAAAAAUUAAACCACACAGCUUAACCAUG